CAGCGUUACCAGUUUCAGGCCCUGCUUCUUCUGCUGAACAAGUUUUCAGACUUCCUCCCAAGAAUGUCCUGCCAGCAGAACCAGCAACAGUGCCAGCCCCCUCCCAAGUGCACCCCCAAGUGCCCUCCCAAGUGCCAGACUCCCAAAUGCUCUCCCAAGUGCCCCCCUAAGUGUCCUCCCAAGUGCCCCCCUGUGUCUUCCUGCUGUAGCCUGGGUUCUGGGGGCUGCUGUGGCUCCAGCUCUGGGGGCUGCUGCAGCUCUGGGGGCUGCUGCAGUUCUGGGGGUGGUGGCUGCUGUCUGAGCCACCACAGACCCCGCAGAUCUUUUCAUCGCCAUCGUCACAGCUCUGGAUGCUGUAGCAGUGGUGGCAGCAGUGGCUGCUGUGGCAGCAGUGGAGGCAGCAGUGGCUGCUGUGGUGGUAACCAGCAGUCUGGGGACUGCUGCUGACCUGGGCCAUGAAGCCUUCAGACAAGCAAUAAGGAAGGCAACCAUGUUCACAGGACCUGCUCUUGCCUGCUAUUCCUCCCUCUCUUCUUGUCUUCUGUGUUCUGAAUUUCAAGAUGAUGAAUUUUUCAGUGAAGUUCAAAUUUUACUCUCUACUCACAUCCCCUUCUGUGGUUCCAAAUAAAAUCUUUCC